AUGGGCAAGAAGCGGAAACGACCCAUCAAGGACGGGCCCACGUCCUCGUCUCACAUGGGUAUCACCACAUCUCCCCGCCGUUUCAGAACCCCCCACGCGCCAAUUUCCCUGGAAACAAAAACAAGCCAUCCCGUUAUCUCCCUGUACUACCAGCAUGUCGUAUCCUUGCGGGAGUACCUGCUCCAGCAACUUCCCGUGACCUCCAAGUCGCGUCGGCGUCGCAUCCUAACACUGGGCUCGCGUGAAGACCAACACCACAAUACACAAUCCCAAACAUCCCAAACAUUGGCGCAGCUGCUAGACUUUACCCUGGUGGGUGUGCUGAAGGAAUCUUCUCCCACUCUCAAUUCGGAGCGACAAAAGCAAUACUCAUCUUUUAAUGAGUCUCAAUUGCGGCCGAGUCUCGUCAGCACCGAUACGGGGCCGACCUGUCCGCAGUCCGAAGUGGUUGAUUUUGUGAUCUGGAAACUCUUUAGUCAGAGCCAUGGCUCCUACCAAAGGCCCGAGCAUUUGCUGACGCAUGGCUUCCAACGCCCGUAUAAUGGGCAAAAUGCUCAACAAUUCCCGAAUCAGAAUGUGCGAGUUCUCAAAGAGGGUGCAUGGACAGAGGUCCUCGGCUUACUUGGUAGUAAUGGCGAGGAAAUUAUGAUGCAACUCCUUUUCGAUUGCGGAGUUUUUGCCGCUAUUGACGCUCGAAGGAGAAUAUACUACCAACUCAGUGGCCUGCCGCUCUCGGUACUCGAGCCUUUGAGCGAUGCGUCCUCGGGAGCCAAUGGGUCUGCGACUACAGCACAAAACCCAAUGCCUACCACUGAUCAGAGAACCCCCAAAGAGAAAGCCGAUCGUACACGGAAUUCCGAUAAGACACUCCAAAGUCCGAACAGCAUUGUGUUUCUUCGACGGCGUAUUCUCUAUGGACGCGUCGAGUCCAACAAGAAAGUACCUUCUGGACUAGGACAGGCACAUGUUCUUAGCCGCUUCUCAUCACUUGAUUCAAUGGCAGAAACAGUCCAUGUAAUGAAGUACAUCUUUCCCCGGCAAUUUGGCCUGCGGAAUGUGUUUAAGCUGGACUCGGAUAACUGCAACAUCAUGGAUGACUCGAAGACUUUCAUGUUUCGUGAGAGUGAGAUAUCUCGUUUGGAAGAAGAGAAACGACUCCAGCGGCCCCAACCCAAGAAUGAAUUCGCAGACGCAGAUUGUGGUGUCAAGGUACCUAAGAGGCUUCGUGGAAUUACUAUAGAGCUUGUCCGGAAGCUCCGGAACCGCAACGCACAAUGCUCCUAUGGAGAGUUGCUGCGAUACUAUUGUCCAACCGAACAAACCGGACCUGGGAGACUUGGCGCGUUUGCCUCCACACCUGAUGCCAACAAAAGCGAGCCUAUCUCCUCUCUCCAGUCAAAUUUAGUAACACAGGUGCAAAUUAAUCACCCAUCGUCAAGUGAUAGUUCGGCACAAACCUCAAGUGAUGGUUCGAGAUUAGAGUCGCACAUCACUGUCGACGCAUCUUGUGGCAUCGAUGCCGAGAAACCAGUGGCUCGAAAAACUCAAGUCAGUCUAACUGAUUAUGCGACUCCGGCUUCUUCCGUCUCAGCUUUUUGUCGAGCGGUGAUCCAGAAAUUGAUCCCUCGACAAUUUUGGGGGGUUGGUCCGGAUGGCGCUUUGAACUUAAAGCUUGUUCUCAGACAUGUUGACCGUUUUAUCAAAUUACGUCGAUUCGAGAGUCUAAGUCUGCACGAAGUAUGCAAAGGUAUCAAGGUAACAAGCUUUCCUUGGCUCGAACCACCCCAGGUCCAGACUAAUUCAUCAUCUGAGACAAGAUCGAAGAUCGCCUUGUCUGACUUCCACAAACGCACCGAACUAUUUCACGAAUUCAUGUUUUGGAUUUUUGAUUCAAUUCUUAUUCCUCUCAUUCGUUCGCACUUCUAUGUCACCGAGUCUCAAACGCACCGAAACCGCCUUUUCUAUUUCCGCCAUGAUAUGUGGCAGCAAUUGACCCAGCAACCUUUCGGGGAGUUGAAGGCAACGAUGUUCGAGGAACUCGAACCAGAUCAAGCCCAACGUGUGCUGGCACGGCGAUCUCUUGGGUUCGGUGCUCUCCGUUUGCUUCCCAAAUCUACAGGCCUCCGGCCCAUCUUGAAUCUUCGCAAACGAGCUUUGAAGAAAUCGUCAUGGGGAAAACGGCGCACGUACCUUGCCGCCAGCAUCAAUACAACUAUUACACCUAUCUAUAACAUGCUGACCUACGAGCGACAGCAAGCUCCGGCCAAAUUGGGUUCGUCAAUGCUCUCCAUUGGAGACAUGCACCGCCGAUUGAAGGCGUACAAAGAACAAUUGUCCAAACGGCUGCUCUCGGGUCCUAAAUCAUCGAAAUCCAAGCUCCCACAGAUGUACUUUGUCAAGCUUGACAUCAAAGCUUGUUUUGAUACCAUCCCCCAAAAAAAGUUGCUUGAUCUGAUCGAAGAGCUGGUCUCUGAAGAGAGCUACCGCAUCUCAAAGCACGUCGAAUUUCAACCACCCGCCCCAACUACGCAAAACGGGAAGCCCACACGAAGGUUUAUGGGCCGCGCUGCGCCUGCGACGAGACCGCAACACCUACCCGAUUACGUCAACAGUGGAGGCACGACGCGAAAGGCCAAUACCGUUUUUGUUGACUCUAUAGCUCAGAAAAAUCAUGAUACUAAUAGUCUUCUGGCCCUCCUCGAUGAACAUGUUCGGCACAACCUUGUGAAGAUAGGCAAGAAAUAUUUCCGCCAACGCAACGGCAUCCCUCAAGGCUCCGUGCUGUCCAGCAUCCUUUGCAAUUUCUUCUACGCUGAGCUAGAGCGAAAAGUACUAGGUUUUAUCAAACCCGAGGAUUCUCUACUCCUGCGACUCGUGGACGACUUCCUCCUGAUCACACCGGAUGCAGCCAUGGCAAUGCAGUUCCUGGAAAUAAUGAUCCGGGGCCAACCCGCGUACGGCGUACAAGUCAAUCCAGCCAAAAGCAUGGCCAAUUUCAGCGCAGCAGUUGAUGGGAUUUUUCUCCCCAGACUAGAAGGGACCCCUUUAUUCCCGUACUGUGGUAGUCUUAUAGACACCCGUACGCUAGAACUCCACCGCGAUCGAGACCGCAUCUUAGAGGGCGGCGAGUCAGCUGCUGCGACUCUUUCCAACACCUUAACCGUUGAGGCCACCCGCCUCCCCGGUCGCACCUUUCAUCGUAAAGUGCUCUCCUCAUUCCGUCUGCAGCUACAUGCCAUGUACAUCGAUGACGGGCACAACUCGCGCGCAGUUGUGCUAGCCAAUCUCUACUGCAGCUUCAUCACUUCUGCCAUGAAGAUGUACCGCUACAUGAAGUCACUUCAGGGCCGUGCGCAUCCCGGCCCAGCGAUCAUAACACAGACUAUCCACGAUCUAAUUUCACAGACGAAUGGCACGAUCCAGGCCAGGCGUGCUAGUAAUUCAGAGUCUUCAUUCUCGUGUUUCGUCCAGCGAUCUCAUCUGCAGUAUCUGGCUUCUGCAGCGUUUCGGUUUGUUUUGAAGCGCAAGCAAACGCGGUAUGUGAUGGUGCUCCGCUGGCUAGACGCGCUGAUCAAAGAUGCUCGACCCACAUCAGAUUCCGAGGCUUUAAGGAUGACGCAGGUUGUGAAGAAGGGAAAUGCGAUGUUUCAGGAAUGGCGAUUCUAG